UGCACAGUCCGACCUGGCAGUAUGGCUUCCCCCACGAACCCUCAAUCCCGGGAUUAUAAAUACCCGCUCUACGCCGGAGUUCAAGUAGACUCCGGGCAGCACGGAAAAAGAAGAGAGCUUGAGUUAUAAAUUAUAAUAAUGGCCUUCUCAGGUUCGACGGCGGCGAGUUACGGCGUUUUCUUGGUGCUCUGCUUUGCCGGUUUAGCGGCGGCCAUCCCGGCGAGAUUUGACGACCUCUUUCAGCCUACCUCUCAGGCCGACCACCUCAUUGUUGACGGAGAUGUCCUCCACAUGAAACUAGAUAACCUCUCCGCUGCUGGGUUUCAAUCGAAGAGUAAGUAUCUGUUCGGAAAAGUCACCGCCAAGAUCAAGCUGGUCGCCGGAGACUCCGCCGGGACUGUCACCGCCUUCUACAUGUCAUCGGAUGGGGCAAAACACCACGAGUUCGAUUUCGAGUUCUUGGGGAACACUUCCGGCGAGCCAUAUCUGGUUCAGACCAAUGUUUACGUAAACGGCGUCGGAGACAGGGAAGAAAGAGUGAACCUCUGGUUCGAUCCCACAAAGGAUUUCCAUUCCUACACCAUAAAAUGGACCCCACGCAAAGUCAUGUUCAUCGUUGACGGAACGCCGAUCAGAGUGCACGCGAACAUGGAGGACAAGGGGAUUCCGUUCCCCGGAGAUCAAGCGAUGGGCGUGCUGAGCUCGCUCUGGAGCGCCGACGAUUGGGCCACACAGGGCGGGAAGGUGAAGACGGACUGGACCCACGCCCCCUUCGUCGCGUCCUACACCGGCUUCGACAUUGAUGCCUGCGAAGUUCCGGCCACCGUGGCGCCGGCGGACCACGCCAAGCACUGCAGCAGUGGCGGCGAGAAGCGGUUCUGGUGGGAGGAUCCGACGAUGUCGGUGAUGAACGUGCACCAGAGCCACCAGCUCAUCUGGGUCCGGGCGAACCAUAUGGUCUACAACUACUGUACGGACACCACCAGGUUCCCGGCUCCGCCGGUGGAGUGCCAGCACCACCGCCACCAGUACUACAGCCACCGCUAUUAAUUAGUUUGAGCUGUUAAGAAGAAAAAAAGGGACAUGUCCUCCAUGUUACAUAUUUUUGCUUUUUAAUUUCGUAGAUUGGUGUUGCUAUUUUGGUACGUGCAUGUAAACUUUAUUAUCUCGUCAAAAUAUAUUUGCAAUCCUAUUUAGACCUACUUCCUAUUUCAUUUUAACCAAAUUUAUGAAAACUAUUUACUCCGUAUUACUCCAUUCCAAAAUAUUUGCCAGGAACGGUAAAUAGAAUCAAAAUAUUACAUGAAU